AUGAGCUCACAUGACACCCUCAAACACUCCCCAGCAAUCCUGGGAGGUCUCAUUGUCUUCAUCUGGUAUGCUGUUGUUUUUGUUCGUCGAAAAUGGAAACAGAACCGCUUCGCGUGGGAGAAUCAGUGCAUGCCGCCAUAUAGCAUCCCCAGCAAAUCAUUUGGAUUGAACAUAAUUCUGGAAACUAUCGCCGCUGCAAAACAACACAAAGUUCUUGAGUUGGGAUUAAAUCGAUUCGACACUUACGGAAACACCUUCAAAGCUCAAAAUCUCACCAACACCAUAAUAACAACACGGGAGCCGCAAAAUAUCAAGACCGUUCUGUCUCUUCGCUUCAAAGAUUAUGGCCUUGGAAACCGAAUCCAAACAUUUGGACCCUUGCUUGGCCAUGGAAUAUUCACUGCGGACGGUGAACACUGGGCGCAAUCACGCUCGAUGGUUCGAUCGUCUUUUAGCAAAGACCGCGUCACCCAUCUUGAAACCUUUGAAGAACUCAUGAGGGAUCUGUUUAAGUUGAUUCCUACCGAUGGUAGCACCGUUGAUCUACAGGACCUGUUUUUCUGCUAUACCAUGGACUCUGCGACAGAUUUUCUUUUUGGUCACAGUACUCAUACUCUGAGAAGAUACGGACAUGAUGCCGGCGAUCAGACAAGUUGGGACUUUGGAAGCGCGUUCAAUUACGCCCAGGAUGCUAUCGCCAUGCGUGGUCGCAUGGGACCUCUGAAGAUUUUCUAUCGUGAUCGCAAGGCGCAUGAUGCAAACCGGCGCUGCCAAGAAUUGGUCGAGGACUUUGUAGACCAAGCAUUGAGAUAUCGCCAGGAACUUGACAAUGAAGCAUGUCCAGAGAAAAAUCCCACUAUCUCAAUGCCAAAAUACCUGUUCCUGUAUAAAUUGGCACAGAAAACAGGCGACCGGAUUCGAAUUCGUGAUGAAUUGAUGAACGUGCUGUUAGCAGGACGAGAUACAACCGCCUCUUUGCUAAGCAAUAUGUUCUUCAUGCUAGCAAAGACUCCAGAGGUCUGGACUAAACUAGGAGUAGAGAUUUCUAUGUUAGAAGGUUGCGCCCCAACGUACGACCAGUUGCGGAAUCUGACAUACCUGAAAUACUGCAUGAAUGAGUCGCUCCGGCUUCAUCCAGUUGUUCCAGUCAAUGCCCGGUUUGCCGUCACAGAUACUGUACUCCCCGUCGGAGGUGGGAAAGAUGGUCAAUCGCCAGUCUUCGUACCCAAGGGCACGACAGUCAGGUAUAACCUAUACUCAAUGCACCGCCGCGAAGACUUUUAUGGUCCAGACGCUCACGUCUAUCGCCCGGAGCGGUGGGAGAAGUUGCGCACUGGCUGGGAAUAUCUGCCCUUCAAUGGUGGACCGCGGAUUUGUGUGGGUCAACAAUAUGCCCUCACUGAGGCCGCUUAUGUCACAGUCCGUCUGGCACAACAAUUUCCGAUUCUCGAAAGCCGAGAUUCUAAUUCUUGGAGGGAAAAUCUGACGUUUACUCUCUGCUCAGAGAAUGGCUGUAAAGUCAGCCUGCAACAAGUAUGA